AUGACACCUCGGCCGCGUCUCCCUGUCGCUGCGGUCGCGCUGUCGGCCGUCACGGGCACGACAGUCGCUGCCGUGUCCAUGCUGGCAUACGUCCGUUUUCAGCACCCGCAGGAGUUUGCUGACGCCAGCGUCCGCGCGACGCAUCCAGAGCUAUCGGACGAUUUCAACCGCAAGUGGGGACUCUUUGGCACGGGCCUCGUUGACGCCAUGCCCCAGCGUUUCAAGAGCCUGUUUGAUGUACCCGACGUGGCCGAACGCUUUGAGCUGCACAAGAAGAAUCGUGAGCAGCAGAUCCGCCAGACGCUUGAAGAUUUGCGUCCCAAGGGGAAGUAA